CUCGGUGAUCAAAUACACGCAUAUCGCAAUACGGUGAGCUACUGUACUGGUCUACCGUCAAGAUGAAUAUGCGUAUUGCAGUAUUUCUGCUUAUGGUAGCGGUGAUAAAAUUAGGAAGUUCCAUGGGUUGUGUUCUCGAAAAUGGUACUGAACUUCCAAAUGGUCAAUCUAUUUCUGAAAACUGCACAAAAUGCGAAUGUAGGAAUGGAGCCCUUGAUUGUGGUCCAGAUGCUGCACAAGAUGUUGAUGGACAUUGGUCAACAUGGACACAAUGGAGCAAUUGCUCCAAGGACUGCAGAACUUACAGCAAGACCAGAUACCGAAUCUGUGGAUCACCCGAGGCUGAAUGUAACGGCGCGACAUGUGUUGGUUACGCAAAAGAAACGGAACCUUGUCCAUGUGUUCUCGAAAAUGGUACUGAACUUUCAAAUGGUCAAUCUGUUUAUUCUGAAAACUGCAUAAAAUGCGAAUGUAGGAAUGGAACCCUUGAUUGUGGUCCAGAUGCUGCACAAGAUGUUGAUGGACAAUGGUCAUCAUGGACACAAUGGAGCAAUUGCAGAAAUUACUACAAGACUAGAUACCGAAUCUGUGGAUCACCCGAGGCUGAAUGUAACGGCGCGACAUGUGUUGGUUACGCACAAGAAAUGGAACCUUGUCAGACUUGUUAAUCUAUUUGAAUAAAAGCAUCAGGCCUUAA